AUGAAAAGUAUAAAUUAAAGCAGAAGGCCAGUGUCAGCUAAGCCUACAACUAAGCAUGAGAAAAAUAGCAAACAUUUUUUAGAACUUGAAUCUGUUUCACCUUUAAAGACUUAAAAAAAUCAACAAAAUGAGUAUGAAAUAGUAAAUAAGCUUUUGGGUUAGUAUGAUCCUCUAGAAGCUAGGAAAGAGAAAUAUAAAAUUUAGUUAAAAAAGCACAAAUAGUUGUUAGCAAAAGUUUCCUUUUUCGAUCCUGAUAUACCUCCACACGAAAGAAAAUAUUAAUAUUCUUACGAGAAACUUAUGCCUUAUGUUUUUUUCUUCAAAUAUUUGGCUAAGAAACCUAAUGGACCUGAGGAUAAACAAAAAAAUACUGCAAAUAGACUUAAAAUAUGGUUACCAGAUACUUUAGUAUUUAAUGAUGGUGAUUUACCAGCUAUGUGGUUUUACACUUCUUAAAGUGGGUUUGUUUUUAGAGCUGAUUCUUUUAAUAAAAGGAAUAUCGUUCAAAAAUUUGGCGAGAAUUGCUCACCCGAUGAGUUAGUUUGUGUUUUAAAAAAGCCUUGCUAUAGAAAUUAAGAGUUGGUAGGCAACGACGUAAACAUAGUAAGCAAAAGCGAACUUGAUACAGUGUCUUCAAAUUUAUUUUAAGAUAAAAAUUAAUUAACUGUUUUACAAAGAUUUGUUAAAAGCAAUGGGCCAAAAGCAUUUAUUUGUAGAACAGUUUGGAGGAAAGAUAAAAAUCCUUAUGCUUGGAUUGUAACAAAUAAACUUGAUUAUAAGGAUAAAAGUGAUGUACCAGAAAUAAAAAAAUAUGUUAUUAAUAUGCAUAUUAUGAAUAGUUGUACAAUCGUAGAAUCUUAAAAAGGAAAAUUUGUAGAAGAAACUGUUCCUUAAUUGGAUAAUAUUGGUAGAUAUUUUCAUAUUCACUUGGGAAUAACAUUUAAAGAAAUAAUCGGUGAUUUUAUUAAAGAUGAAAGUGGUUUGUGGUGGCUAAUUAAUAUUCGUGGAUUUCUGCUUGAUAAGUACGAAAUUCCGAUUAAUGUUAAACCAAUUACUGAAUAUGGAGAGCACACAACAGAAAUUAAAAGAUCCCCUUUUGCUGAUAUAGCUAAAUAAAAAGAGACGUAUCAACGAGUUCAGCCAUGUAAGUAUUGCGAAGAAAUUUUCCCUACACAUGAACUGACUAAUAAACUUACUUUAAAAAUGAUACUUUAAACCGAUAAGCAUCUACAAAAUAGAGGCAAAUAAUAUGAAUGGCUGAAUAGAACUGAUUUAAAGCACAUUGAUACUCCGAUGCUCUACUAAGAACACAAAGUAUGCUCAAGCUGUUUCAAGCUAUAUUUAGAAAUAGAUAAGUUGAUAACAGCAGAAUUUAAUUUUGCAAAGAUAAUUGGAAUACCAGUUACUGAGGACACUAAAAUCAAUCUGACUUCAGCUACUCAAUUAAAUGGUUUCUAUGGCACUUUCAAUAAUCCUAAUUAAUCAAAAGUAAAUAAUUAUAUAGACAAUCCUGGUGAUAAGUAAAUGCCUUAAAAUUGGGAAUUCAAUAUUGAGCCUGAAACAGAAAUUAUAGUCAAAAAUAACUUUCCUUCGAAUGAAAGCGAUAAUGAUCUUAGCAAAUUAUGCAAAUAUAGAUUUAUGGUUCUUAUAAAUUCUGUGAGGGAUAUACCUAUAUAAAAAGAAAUAGAAAGAAAUUAUUAUUUAGAGUAUAGUUUUUUAGAUAUAAAAGAAAAGUAUAAGAUUGAAAUGCAUCAAGCAGUUUAGUCUGGAGAAGAUUAUUCUAAUUUCUAUGUUCCUUUAAAUAGGAUGAGAAUUUUUUACUUUUUUGUAACAAACAGAAAAUCACUUAAUUAGUUUAUUAAUCAAAACUAAUUUCUACAAAUAAAUUUAUUAUGUGAAAAUAAGAUUAUAGGCAGUACUUAGCUAGAAUUAAGUGAGUUUACAAGUGAUCAAGUUAUUAGAAAUGAAUAUUUUAAAGUUUUUAAUGGAAAGGAUUUACCACUAUUGAAGUGGGGUGUGACAGUAACUCUAGGGUUAAUUGCUUCUUAAGAAGUUGAUGUUAAAAGGAUAGGGCUAAGAGAAUUCCAAGGAAUUUACUUGCCUAAUAGUUUAUACUAUACAUGUGAGCCACUUCCUUAGGAAUGGAUUCAGUACAUAAUUUCAAAGCCUGACUGGGAAAAACAACCAUCUGUAAUUCUCUCAAAAUCAAUUUUAGUUUCAAAUAAAGAGAAUCCUAAUUGCAGUUACUUAUCUAAGACAAAUAGGAGUGGUUUUUAUGACAUUAAAGCUGAAAGUCCAUAUAAAAAUUCAAAGGACAACUCAUAUUUUUCCAAUAAAUAAAAUAGGCUAUUUAGUGCUUCUCCAAGAAAGAGCAAAUAAAAUGAUGAAAUAAAUAUAUCUGAGCUGUUAGAUUAGUCUAAUAACAAUAAUAAUUUUAGCUAUAGUACACCUCUCCAAAAUAAUAAUACUAAUUCUUUGCCUUAUGGAAAAAAAAUAAAGAUAAUUUAAUAAAAUAAUAUAAAAAAUAAGAGAAAUAUGAGAUUUUCUCAAAAUAUUUUUAAUCAAUCUCUUGCUGAUAUUUUGAAUGAAGAAGAAGAAAACUUAAAAAAGAAAUCAUAAAACUUUAGCAAAUAAAAUGAAUAGAAAAAAGCGAAAUCAUAGCAUCAAAACAACUCAUUGAAUAUAUUUUAUAAUAUAAAUCAAAAUGAAAAAAGCCCAAUUAAUUCUAAGAACCAAUAAAAUAUAUUAAAUAAUUUACUAUAAAGCGAGAUAUUUAGCUAUUCGAAAGACUAUGGUCUUACUGAUUCAUAUAAAAAGUUGCCAAUUAAAAAAAUGAUUUAUUGGAAGUGA